AUGAGCAACAAUACUACUAUUCCCUUGUGGAUAAAGAGAAUAUGCAAUAUAGACAACUACCAUGAUCAUUCCAUUAGAAAAGUAUCGCUCGAAUCUAAUACUAUAUGCUCAAAUGGCGACUCUCAAGUUUUAGUCACAUCUAACGGUCUUAAUUUUAGUCUAAAUGAGCAUCUACUUGAAUGUCUAAGCAAAAAAUUCCAUAGGCUCUUUCCUAUACAAAGAGCAGUUAUCCCUCACUUGUCGUUCGACUUAAAUGACCAAUACUCGCCCUUAAAAUCUGAUAUAGUCGUAUGGGCACCGACUGGCCAAGGCAAGACACUUUGCUAUGUAAUCCCUAUACUUAACUCUCUCUCCAAGCACAAGUUGAACAUACAUUCAGUCAAUUCAAUCAUUGUAACACCCUCUCGUGAAUUGGCACAUCAAGUACACUCCAUAUUUGAUAAGUUCAUUCCUCCAAUUGACACGGGGUCUUUUCUAUCUAAAGUUAAGAUCACUAGUUGCGUUGGAAAACUAAUGAUGAAAAAAUUUGAAAAGAAGACAAAAUCCAACUGCCCAGAUGUGCUAAUAAGUACCUUUGGUAUGUUGGACAUUUUUAGCAAAUACUUUACCAAUAUUCAAGAUUCAAUGUUUCAUUCUGUGAAGUGGAUAAUCGUUGAUGAGAUAGAUGCAAUUAUAAACCGAGAUACUCUGGACUGUAUACUGUUCUUAAAUGCCAUAUCUAAUCAGUACAACACUAAGAAGAUUAAUGAUGUCAAUUGUACGAAGGAGGGCGGGCAAAAAGUUUUUCUAAGCGCUACACUAUCGCUUACUUCUGAUUUAGUUUCCCACUUUCAUUUGAAAAACCCGAUUCUAUUCACCUCAUUGUCUUCAAAUUUGAGAUUAUCGCCCAAUUUACAGCAAUAUUAUAUCCAUUCAAAUGUAAAAAAUAGAUCUAAACGCUUAUUGGAAUUUCUACAUAGCUAUAUAUUCAAUUCUAAUAAGAAACAUUAUAAAUUGUUGAUAUUCUCUAAUACUGUCCAAUUAUCACAUAUAGUAUCCAGAUUACUCCAAUUAUAUAAUAAAUUGUUCUUGAAAAAAGCCAAAUUCAAGGUACUAGAAUUUACCCGAAAUUUGACGGCAGAAUCUAGGGAUAAACUAUUCAAGAGGUUUAGGAACAAAAAACGCGCUUGCUUAAUAUGCAGUGACGUUAUAUCAAGGGGUAUCGAUGUUUCAGAUGUGAAUUGUGUAAUAAACUAUGGCAAACCUAAAGAUAUCGAAACAUAUAUACAUCGAGUUGGUAGAACUGCAAGGGUCCAAUGUGAGGGAAUUGCGGUAACAAUCGCCUCAAAGGAUAGCAUUGACAAUAUCAAUACCCAAUUGCUGUCUAGAAAUUGCGAGCUUAAGCAAUACUAUUUGAGUACUAAUUUUGAUGAAAUAUUCAGCUCAAGCAAAUAUUCAAGGCUAAUGAGUAUACUAAAUAAAUGCUUAGAAUAUGAAUCCGCAGGGAAACUCAAGCUGGAUGAUAAAAUUAACAGUGACAUUUACGAGCAGAUAGCGAAUCAGGAGUCGGAUUGA